AUGGACUCGUUGGAUCUCGUGUGCAGCGUGGUAGGCUGCAGCGCAGCCGAAAUUGAGAAAGCCGUCGCGGAGAAGUCAUUCCUGAAUCUCUGCAACCGGCCGAUGUCUAAUGGGCAGUACCCCAUUCACGCCUUGGCAAGCAGACACAACGCGCAAGGUGUGGAAUUGUUACUGCAGGCGGGCGCUGAUACGAACCAAGCGUCUAACGAGCCCGGGAACCGGCUAGGCUUCACAGCAGUCCACUAUGCAGCGAUUGCCAACUGUGUGUGUGCGCUGGAGGUGCUGAAGCGUUACCACGCCGACCUUGAUCGCCCUGCCGCGGAUCAGUGGACCCCCCUGCAUGCGGCCACGUUUCGCGGGCGGAGCGCGGCGGUCCGGGCACUGGUGGAGCUAGGCGCAAACAUCGACUGCACUACCAGCGAAGGGCACACACCGCUCGUGUUCGCUGCUAACCUCGGCCGAAUCAAGGAUGCGCGCUAUCUGCUUCAGAACAACGCGAUGGUUCAGCUCAACGAUGCACACCGCGACAACCUUCUUCACUACACGCUGCACUACCGACUUGCACAGACCGUGAAUGGGGACUACAAGCUCCCCGAUAGCCAGCUCGACAUGGCUGUGCUGCUGGUGCUCAACGGCGUUCGCCCGGAUGAGCAGAACCACGAGGGGGACACCCCCACGCGAUACGCUGCCGCAACACUGCCAUCACUUCCCAAAGCGCUAGACCUUCUCUUUGCCGAUGCCGACAAGCUUCUUUGUAUGCCGACCGAGCUCAACUAUCAAACGCUAGUCAGCGCUACAGCCGACUUCCUUGUAGACAAAAUGGGCAUGGCGGCCGCGCAGGCGCAGGCCCUCGUCGACACUAUGGCAGCACUGGAAAAUGAGCGCAAGGCGAAUCGACCAAUGCGGACUGUCGCUGCGCACUGCUUAACCGAUGCUUCGGCCUCUCCCGCCCUGCCUGCAGACCACCCAGCGGUACCUGCGGAGGUGCAGGCUCUACCCGGUGGAAAGCCUAACAGGGAACAGUGCCCUUUUCUCGCACGAGCCGCGAAGCUGCAAGCGAACGAGCACGCCACCGAGAGCAAAGGCACUUGUCUGCGCUGCCCCUUUGCCUUCUUAAUAAUGCGGUGUGGCAAGGGGACGCUUCUGUUCGUCGGGACCGCAUUUUUGCUUGGCUACUACUGUGGCCAUAAAGCGCGCUGUAUGAGGCAGAGAGUGUAG